AAAUCCGGAUGGGAUUUUGUCAUUUACCACCGGGCGACCCCUUGAAUUGAAUCGGUUGCUUCAUUUUCAGCGCUCCCGGCGGUAGAAUUGCAAGAAAUGAUAUUAAUAAAGUUUUAUUAAGCCCUGAACCCCCAAAAAGCAAUAGGAUUAAACCAAUUGAACAGAAAGAAAGAAAGAAAAAGCCGCAAACAUUGCACAUCGAUGGGGAGCAGCUGGAGAAGAACUGUGGGAAAUGUGAGAUCAUUCGUAGGAAAUUCGAUGGGAGGCCUCAGAGGAGCAAGCAAUCUGGCUUCUUGGGUUGUUGCUGGAACUCUCGCUUAUUUCCUUUGGGUGAAACCCUCUCAGGAUCUCAAAAAGCAACAACAGGAAAGGGCGGCUCUUGCAGCUUCAGAUCCUUAUCGCUAUGUAGAGAAACGAAAACCACUUCCUGAUCCUCAGGAGAUGGGAUUGAUAUACGGCAACAAGAAGAAAACUGAUAGCAAAAAGGAGGAAUAAUGUGUUAUACUAGUUUGUAAGUUUGGGAUUCUAUAAGGUUCUAAAAGCUAUGGGAAUAGGAUGAUGAUUAUGUAUCAUAUCUCACAAUAGCUAAUUCAAUUACCGCUGUACCUUGGGCACUUUUAACAUCCACUCCUUGCUACACGUUGUAAAUGUACCCUUAUCUGCAAAAUUCCAUUAGCAAUAAGUUAAUAAGAGUUUCUGAGUUUAAUCCGUAGCUCUUUCUA